CAAGAUGUUUUGGCCCAAGUUAGUUUGUUUCGCAUUGGUCGCCUUGGCCUAUGGCCAACUUUAUCAGGUGGCCGGCGAGGAAACCAUCGUCGUCUGUCCCACCAAUUUCACCCAGGUGGCGGACAAGUGCCUCCUGGUGGACACCAAAUGGAGGAACUUUUACGAGUCGGACCGCUACUGUCGAUCGCUCAACGCCGGACUCCUGAGCAUUAAGAACUCUAUUGAGCUGAAUGCCAUCAACGAAUGGCUGCCGGUCAUUGCUCCCUAUCAACCGGAGCUUUGGACCGCCGGCAAUAAGCUGGGCGAGACCAGAGGCGAUUACUACUGGCAGAGCACAGGAGAGCAGGCCCUGUAUCUUCCCUGGCAAGCGGGGCAGCCCACGCCCGCCAGCGGAGAUUGCCUCACUUUGCUGGCCAACGUCACCAUGACCACUGAAGAAGUCUUUUUGAGUGCCCACCGCCUGGCCGUGAAGAACUGCACCCAAUGGGCACCACUCAUCUGCCAGGUUCCGCUGCAAUAUUUCAAGACCCAGCUAUGUCUCAACACUUCUGCUUUCUUCGAGGCCAAGAUACCCGCUUAAGUCAACAAAGAAGUAAAGAUUAUUAUUUUAAGUUGUUGUUUAGUGGGCUUACAAUAAAUUAAUCUAGAUCAUUUGAAAAAAUUAUAGCAUA